AUGGCUACCCCUAGUGUCCUAGCUUUUGACGCUGAGGGUCGCGCCAUUGAUUUUGAGGUCUGGUUAGACGACCUGCAGCUGUUCUUACAGUGCGACAGGGCUGACGGCCUUUCUCUCUUUGACCUCACCUCUGGCGCCUCUCCUGCUCCUGCUGCUGAUGCUGAUCCCAGUGUCCGCUCUCAGUGGGCCACCCGCGAUGCUGCUGCACGUCUUGCUGUGCGUCGCCACCUCCCUACCUCUGAGCGUGCGCACUUUAGUCAGUACAAGAGUGCUCAGACCUUGUACGACGCUGUGGUUGCGCGCUACUCCUCCCCUGCCACUGCUGCACUGAGCCGUCUCAUGCUUCCCUACCUCUUUCCUGACCUCUCUGCCUUUCCCACUGUCGCUGAUCUCAUUACGCACCUCCGCACUAGUGACACUCGCUACCGCGCCGCCCUUCCUGCUGAGUUCUGCGCUAAGAACCUACCCCUCAUGUACAUCGCUCUCUACUACGUAGUCGCGCGCCUCCCUGACUCCCUUCGCGUCGUCAGGGACCACUUUCUCGCAGUCUGUCCCACCACCCUCACCGUCGACCUCCUCGAGAAGGCCCUCCUCGCAGCGGAGAAGAGCAUAGUCGCUGUAGGUGCUUCUCGUGGUGACCCUCGCACCCCCAUCUUUGAGGGGUGCUCUCCUUCCCCCUUGCUGCCCUCUGUUGCCUCUGCUGCUGCUGCCGACCUGCUUGGUCUUGAGUCGGUCGGCGCGGCGUCUGCCCCUAGUGGGAGACGUUGCUCCAACAAGGGCAAGGGGGGCAAGGGCGCGGGUGGAGCUGGAGGGGGCGGUGGCGGUGGUGGCGGUGGCGGCGGAGGGAGUGGGGGUGGCGGCGGGACUAGUGGCGGGGGUGGUGGUGGUGGUGGUGGCAGCAGCGGCGGAGACGGUGGUAGUGGUGCCAGCGGUGGAGGUGGAGGCAGCGGCGGAGGUGGAGGCGGCGGAGGUGGAGGCGGUGGAGGCGGCAGCGGAGGAGGCAGUGGUGGUGGAGGAGGUGGAGCUGGUCGGGGUGGUACCCAGCAGCGUAGCGGCAGUGGUGGUGGCCAGCGCUCGCAGCGGCAGCAGCAGCAGCGCUCGCGGGACAUCCCUCCGCCUCAGCAGCUUCGUGAGUGGUACGCUGGGCGUCAGAGGGGUGGGGGUACUGGUCCCUGCACCUACGUUCUUCGUUCCGGCGACCGCGCGGGUGAGCAGUGUGGGGGUGCCCACGCUGCCCAGCGCUGCUUUGGCCGCCUGACGGACGCUUGGCGUUGGCAGUUCCCUGGGGCUACUGAGAUCCCUCGCUGGGAUGAGCUUCUUAGGGCUGGUGUAGCGAUCUUUGAUCUUGAUUUUGAUGCCAUCCUUGCUGCUAUGUAUGCUGUGACUUAUAGUGAGGAGAAUGAGGGUUACCGGUGUUUCCAGCCCAACCCGGGCAUUGGUACUGCUGCGCUAGGUGCUUGUGAGGCUGCUGCUCUAGGUGCCAGUGCGUCUGUGCUCUCAGGUACUGGUGAGACUGCGCUCUCAGGUACUGCGUCGUCCUCGUCCUCCCUCACUUUCACACUUGACUCCGGGGCUUCUCGCUCCUUCUUUCGAGACCGCACUACCCUUACGCCGCUCGACCGGCCGGUUGCAGUCUCCCUUGCUGACCCCUCUGGGGGUUCUGUCCUGUCUCACUUCUCCACUGUCCUCCCGUGUCCGGCUGCUCCUUCGGGCACCCUGUCUGGUCUGUACCUUCCCUCGUUCUCUACAAACUUGGUGAGUGGCGCGGACCUGCAGGAUGUGGGGGUUCACCACUUCACUCCUGCGAGUCAGCAGGUGACCCACUGCACGGAGGCACGCAGAGGCCGACACCUGGCCACGUUCUCGCGUCGGCCGGGGUCGAGUCUCUACACCCUGACCGUUGAGUCUCCUCCUGUCCCUGCGUCUGGUCAGGUGGCUGCGUCAGGUCAGGUGCUUGCUGCUGCGUCCCGGUCAGGUCCUGAGUCUGCCCCCUGUUCUUGUCACCUUCUGUCUCACGAGACUCUCCUGUGGCACCACCGUCUUGGCCACCCCUCCUUGCCCCGUCUUCGGAGCAUGGCUUCCCGUGUCCUUGUCUCUGGUCUUCCCCAGUCUCUCCCUCCUCUCCCCUCCGGGCCAGGACCUUCCUGUGUCCCUUGUGUUGAGGGUCGCCUCCGGGCUACUCCUCACUCCUCCCACUUCCCCCCGACAGAGGCUCCCCUGCAGACGCUUCACAUGGAUGUGUGGGGCCCAGCCCCCGUCCGUGGGCAGGGUCACGAGCGCUACUUCCUGUUGGUGGUUGACGACUACUCGCGUUACACCACAGUCCUCCCCCUGCGCAGCAAGGGUGCGGUCACUGAGGUGCUGAUCGACUGGAUCCGCGAGGCUCGUCUCCAGCUCAGGAAGAGCUUCGGCUCUCACUUCCCUGUUCUGCGUCUGCACUCGGACAGAGGCGGAGAGUUCUCUUCUCGCCUUCUACGAGACUAUUGUCGUGCACGGGGGAUCCGCCUGACCUUCACGCUUCCGGACUCACCACAGCGAAAUGGGAUUGCUGAGCGCCGCAUUGGCAUGGUCAUGGAUGUCGCUCGUACGUCCAUGAUGCAUGCGGCUGCCCCCCAUUUUCUGUGGCCGUUUGCGGUGAGGUACGCGGCGCAUCAGCUCAACCUUCACCCCCGGGUCUCUCGGCCUGCGAUGUCCCCAGCCUUGCUGUGGACGGGGAAGGUUGGCGAUGCGUCUGUGUUCCGUGUCUGGGGAUCUCGGGCGUUUGUCCGCGACUUGUCUGCGGACAAGCUGUCCCCUCGUGCCGCUCCCUGUGUCUUCCUUGGCUUCCCCACUGAAGCCCCAGGGUGGCAGUUUUACCACCCCUCCUCUCGUCGUGUUCUGUCCUCCCAGGACGUCACGUUCGACGAGUCAGUCCCCUUCUACCGUCUCUUCCCCUACCGCACUCCUUCCCUCCCCCCUCCCCCGGACUUCCUUGUGCCGGUUCCCCCCCCGGUAGACCCCCUCCCCCCUCAGGUUCCUGCCCCCUCAGGUGUGUCCCAGGUAGACGCCGUUGACCCGGUCGAGGUUACUAGUGACUCUGGUGCUGCUGCGGGUGCUGAGCCUGGGGGUGCUGACUCUGGGGGUGCUGUGCGCGGGGGUGCUGAGCCUGGGGGUGCUACUGCUGGGGGUGCUGGGCCUGAGGGUGCUGUUGCGGAGGGUGCGGAGCCUGGGGGUGCUGAGCCGGGGGGUGCUGUGCCUGGAGGUACUGGGUCUGGGGGUGCUGGGUCGGGAGCUGCUGAGCCUGGGGGUGCUGAGUUGGGAGCUGCUGAGCCUGGGGGUGCUGCGUCUGGAGCUGCUGAGCCUGGGGUUUCUCCUACUGCUGCGUCUCGCCGGGAGCCCCUCUCUCCACAGGAGCUGCGCGAGUGGUUCGCUCGCCGCUGGAGGCAUGCUGCUGAGUCUGGAGGUGCUGCUGGAGCUGGAGCUGGAGCUUCUUCGACCGUCGAGGGUGCGUGUGCUGCCAGUCCCGGAGCUGCUGGACCUGCGGGUCCUCCUGGAGCCGGAGCUGCUGAGGGCGUUGGUGCUGAGCCUACUGCUGUUGGUCCUGCCGCUGGAGGUGUGGGUGGCGCUGGUGCUGUCGCUGAGGGUGCUGGUGCUGUCCCUGCUGAGUCUGGAGCUGCCGCGCGGCCUCGGCCGUACUUCGUUCCGCUCCUGCAGCAGGUUCUUGGUCUUUCUCCUCCGGUAGAGGGUCUAUCGCCUGUCCAGUCGCAGUCCCUGCUGGAGCCUUCCUCUCCACUGCCUGCUCCCUCUCCUUACACUGGUCCAACUGGAGGUCUUGCUGAGCGCCGUGAGCCUGCGUCUCGUCCCGCGUCGCCUGUUCGUGAUGCUCGCGCUAGUGGUCGCAGUUCGCGUCAGCGUCCUCCUCCUGUCCCUGGCACGCACCGGAUGUCUCUGCGUCCGUCCACUGCUCCUCUGCGUGCCCCUUUGCCUUCUCCUCCUGAGUCCUCUCUUCCUGCGCUUGCCGACCCUGAGUCGGACUCUCUUCGUGCUGCCAGUCCUACUGUCACGCGUCUGCUUGCUAGUGUCGUCACUGACCCCUCUUUUGAGUCCACUGCUGCGUCUGCUCUAGUCGCUGAGCUCGUCGACUUUGCUGCUCGCUGUCGUCUCGACUACGCUGCUAGUCUUGUUGCUGAGUCUGCGUCUGUCUGUCCUCCGUCCGUCGGGGGUGAGUGUGCUCUUGGCACGGACGUCCUUGAGGACAGGCAGGAGGAGUUACAGUGUCUAGCGGCUGCUUCACCUCAUCUCGCGUCUUGGCAGGCAGCUAUGGAUGCAGAGAUGGCUUCCUGGAAGUCAACAGGCACCUACGUUGACGCGGUUCCCCCUCCCGGGGCGAACAUCGUCAGUGGCAUGUGGAUCUUCAGGGUGAAGCGGCCGCCGGGCUCUCCACCUGUCUUCAAGGCACGGUACGUCGCUCGUGGCUUCAGUCAGCGGCAGGGAGUUGACUACUUUCAGACCUUCUCUCCCACCCCGAAGAUGACUACUCUUCGGGUGCUGCUGCACAUAGCCGCUCAGCGCGACUACGAGCUUCACUCUCUCGACUUCAGCACUGCGUUCUUGCAGGGUAGCCUGCACGAGGAGAUCUGGCUUCGCCGUUCACCUGGCUUCACUUGGACUUUCCCUCCUGGCACCCAGUGGAGCCUCCGACGGCCAGUCUACGGUCUCCGCCAGGCACCGCGUGAGUGGCACGACACACUGAGGACUACGCUUGCGGCCCUUGGGUUUGCUCCUUCUACUGCUGACCCGUCGCUGUUUCUUCGCACCGACACUUCCCUGCCGCCGUUCUACAUCCUCGUGUACGUCGACGACUUGGUCUUUGCCACAGCGGACACUGCUGGACUCGCCUACGUGAAGUCCGAGCUGCUGAAGAGACACACGUGCACAGACCUGGGUGAGCUGCGCAACUACCUUGGCUUGCAGAUCACUCGGGACAGAGCACGCCGCACCAUUACCUUGACUCAGUCACACAUGGUGCAGCAGGUCCUUCAGCGCUUCGGCUUCACGUACUCCUCGCCUCAGGCCACUCCUCUGCCUACUCGCCACUCACUCUCAGCUCUGCCUUCGGAUGAGUCCGUAGAGUCGAGUGGUCCGUCUGCAGAGCUUGUUGGCUGCCUCAUGUACCUGAUGACCUGCACACGACCUGACCUUGCAUACCCUCUUAGCAUUCUUGCACGCUAUGUUGCUCCUGGACACAGACCAGAGCACAUGGCUGCAGCGAAGAGGGUAUUGCGCUACCUGUGCAGUACGUCGGGCAUGGGGCUAGUGCUUGGAGGGCGGAGUCCAGUGGUCCUUACCGGCCACGCGGACGCUUCUUGGGCUGACGACCAGGCUACACAGCGGUCGUCACAGGGUUACACCUUCAGCCUUGGUUCCGGCUCUGUCUCGUGGCGGUCUACUCGCUCGUCUUCGGUUCUCGGCUCCAGUUGUGAGGCUGAGAUCUACGCCGGGGCCAUGGCUGCACAGGAGCUUUGCUGGCUCACCUACCUGCUGACUGACCUUGGAGAGCCGCCUCGUUCUCCUCCGGUGCUGUACGUAGACAACAAGGCCAUGCUGGCCUUGUGUCGAGAGCAGCGCUUGGAGCACAGAACGAAGCACAUUGCUCUCCGCUACUUCCUUGCUCGUGAGCUGCAGCAGCGUGGUUAG